AUACCUUUAUUUGGUGGCUUCAUAAAAAAUACGCGGUCACGGCGGUGAGCUGGGAAGCCACAGGCUCCUCAGACGCCAUAAUCAUCCCGAAACAAAUACGCGUCUGGUGAUGGCGUGCCGCCUACGGCGUACACGAAGGACGCACAGAAGGCGUUCGGCACGCAAGCGAGAUACGUCAGCUGGUUCGAGGAGUGCCUGCGUGCCCGGCGGCCAGUGGAUAUUUGUAAAGCUUGCGCGCUUCCCGAGUAGGCGUAGCAGGAAAGCGAGCCAACAUCGGGCCACAGGAUCGCCGCCACCCACCGCGAAAACAAUGGACACAGCCAGCCUCGUGAGAGCGGCGAAGGAGAACUUGCGUCUUCGGAUUGAGUGAAACAAUGGGAAGGCAGCUCGAACGGAACAGCGAGGAGCGUACGGCAGGAGAGGAGGCGGCACCGUUACGAAUCGCGUUUGCCGCCGAGCGCGUCGUUUUCCGACGCCGAGCCCGCCCGCCUCGCGGCGAACGAAAGACCAUCAGGCGAUAACGUCGGAGAGCGCGCGCGCGCGUCGCGAAGUGGGUCACGCAAAAUCGCCACUCACGAUACGUGGAUGAAGAAAGGUAGACGGGGGUGAGGUGUUGUGCGGAGCUGCAGCGCACGCGAGUGGAGACGAACAACGGCAAGGCCGAGAACAGCGGGAAUGUCCAAACGCCGAAGCACGCCCAGGCGCGGUCACUGCACGAAUAAUCGCCGGCUCGACGAGAGAAGAGGCGACGCUUCCGGCGAGAGAACGGAGCCGCGACUGAAGGCGGCGGUGAGCGGCGGCGCUGCCGACGCCCCCGGAUCGCGACGUCACGCGUGACGUGACCUUUCAGGCACCGCCUACUACAAAGCCCCGCCUCUAUCGAGGACGACGGCUGGUGGGGGAGAAGGGGCGAUGGGGGUGACAGCGGCGGCAGGUUUCGUGUCGACCGCGGCAGCUUUGCCUUCGAAAAACGCUCCGUUUUAGACCGCUCGAGAAAAAAUUUCGAACGCAUCAGUUUCGAUCGGCUCUUGGCUCCGUGGGCCAAAGAGAAAGAAAGCGUAUAGUAGACUGUUCGCGGUGUUUGCCCAGGUGUAUACCUUCGGCAAGGACAACGUCGGUCUUUUUCGUGCUCUCUGUUCACUAAACGGCGUUGUAGGUUUGAAGAUUGACAGAACGAAAAUAAUAAAGAAUGAGAGAGAAGAAGGAGAAAAGAGUGCCGCUCUCAGCACAGCUGGCGUUGCCGCCUAGCUCUUGAGUGGCGCGGCGCGAGAGAGGCGAGGUGGCGUGGUGAGGGGGUGGCUGCCGCGGCGGCGUCGGAGGUGGCGGAUUCGACGCCCCUCUCAUUAUCCGGGCCGGUCCGUUCUCCGGGGCCGGCGAAUGGCGGCGUCUUCGGGGCCCACGUCACGGCCCCGGCGCCGCUAUGGCGGCGCCGGCGGCGCCCCCGACGCGAGAAUAGCUAAUCACCACCGGCACCCCCCACCUUCCCGUCACUCUCGCAUCGCGCUUCGGCCCCCCCGACUGCGCGCGUGAAGGCCCCCGGCGGCGCUCGGCUGUGUGCGUGCGUGCGUGCGCAGGGGGGCCCGUCAUUUUCGCGCGGCGUAGGCACGCCUCCGGCCACCACAGCAGCAGCAGCAUCCGCGCGUCGCGUCGGCAUCGCUCUCUCACGCGCCUGUGCGAGUGUGUGCGUCUGUGUCGCGGCCGUGUCGCGCCUGCCGGCGCCCCACAGAGCCGUGGCGGCUGAGCACGGUGACAGAGCGGCGGGCUGCCCCUCGCUGCCUCCUGCGCCGCCGCCGCUGCCGCCGCUGGAAAUGCGCUCGUCGCCGGCCGAAGCCGCCGCUGCCGCAGCCGCCGCGAUGGCUUUCCAGCCGUUCCUGCGACCGACGCCGCCGGACUUCUCGGUGCACUCGUUGCUCAGCGGCGCCGCCAGUGCCCAGGCCGCGCCGUACUUCGCAGCGGCGGCCGCCGGAUUUCCCGCCGCUGCCGCCGCGCUGUUCCCCAAGUUGCACCCGGGGCCGGGACCCCCGCCGCUGUCGGCCGAGGAGUUGCUCGCCGCGGCCGCGGCCCACCGCGGCGGACCUUUGUUGCGACCGCCCCCCGGGCUGGAGCCCGAAGACGACGGUGUGCAAGACGACCCUAAGGUGACGCUCGAGGCCAAGGACCUGUGGGAGAGGUUUCACACGUUCGGCACCGAGAUGGUCAUCACCAAGUCUGGCCGGCGGAUGUUCCCCGCCUACAAGGUGCGUGUCUCCGGCCUGGACAAGAAGUCCAAGUAUAUCCUCCUCAUGGACAUUGUGGCUGCCGACGACUGUCGGUACAAGUUCCACAACAGCCGGUGGAUGAUCGCCGGCAAGGCCGACCCCGAAAUGCCCAAGCGGAUGUACAUCCACCCGGACUCCCCGUCGACCGGAGAGCAGUGGAUGCAGAAGGUGGUCUCCUUCCACAAGCUCAAACUCACCAACAACAUCUCCGACAAGCACGGAUUUCAGACCAUCCUGAACUCGAUGCACAAGUACCAGCCGCGGUUCCACCUGGUGCGGGCCAACGACAUCCUCAAGCUGCCCUACAGCACCUUCAGGACGUACGUGUUCAAGGAGACAGAGUUCAUCGCCGUCACUGCUUACCAGAACGAGAAGGUACGUGCCCUAUUCUUCCUGUGCCAAAAGCCUUCAAAAGUGCCUCGAGCGGCCAGUCGCUGCAAUAUUGCGCGUAUUCGUGGGCUUCUUUCACGCUCGGAAAAGCACUUUUAUGUAGCACGUAUUCAGUAACAGCAAGCUGUAUCGGAAGUUUUACAGCGAAGCUGUAUAUAGCUAGCCUUCUGGCGGUGGUUGAUGUCCGCCAGUCUACGCGUCGCGUCGACACGAAAAAAAAAAAUUUCGUCCCCAAUGUCUCGCGAACGCUCUGUAGCUCUCAAUCUAAUGUAAGCAUCUUGGAAAAACUUAUACUGAAAUUGGCCACUAAGACGACUCUAUCAUUACGCCAAGUUUCAUUUACUCGCUCACAGUGAAGUUAUGAAUAUCGUGGAAUUCCCGUCUGCCAUGCGGCGGUAUUUCCACACGUCAUUAUUUCAUAAAGGAAUAAGAAUAAAUCAC